AUGCCAAUGAUCAUGGAUGAGAGUCUUGACGUGGACGAUCUCUUUGGAGAUCCAGCUUCGCUAGAUCUCGGGCUGUCAGCGCCACAGCCCACCAAGGGCCUGGCUCAACGCGUAGAUGAGAUGCGGUUGUUGGGUUGCUGUCAGAAAAUUGCCUGGUCGAGAAUGGGCUGCAUUGCAUAUAUAUCACAGGAUAGCCUCCAUGUGGCAGUCCGCCACUUGGUAUGCCAACCCUCCGACGGCAAAUGGACACUGAGCGAAGAGUAUCCACUCAAUCAGACCACAGAGACUCAUGGGGGCCAGUUUUUGGCUCACAUCUGUUGGAACGAGAGUGGCACUGAUCUGGCCGUCAUUGAUACCUCUGGCCGGAUAUCCAUCUUCUCCAUCUCCACUGCCUUGAACAAUAUUGUGAUGAGCCGACAGACUGUUCUGGACCAGGCCGAUGACGGCGCUCAGGUUGUGGGAAUGAUGUGGGUUAAUAUCAAUCGUGCAGUACCUGCUUUCAACCAAGCUGCCAAAUUGAACGGACGGUGGAACUAUUCCCCCUUUCAACGCAAACCCAUUGGCCCUUUCCAUCCCGGAGGGAAGCCAGCACUUGCUUGUGUGACUAGAGUAGGGACAAUUAAGCUUAUCUAUCAGAACCCUGACAACAGAUGGGCAGAAAUUUCGGCUGAGCUGAAGACAACGAGCCAGUCUGACCGCAUUCUAACACAUGCAGCUUUCUUAGCCACUCCAAAUGGUGUUCUUGUGGCCGCCCACUCACUCUCUGAGAAAAUCAGCUUAUAUCGGCUCGAAGUUACAUGGAAUCCAUCACAUUGGGACCCGAACCCACAGAGGCAGGCUACUGGUGCAUUGGCUUUCCCUGUACCUACAUUUGGUAUCACUCAUUACAAGACUGUGAAUCCUGGCAGGCUAUUCACAACAAAAAAGAGUGAGACCGAGAAUUUAGCCGAGUCUUCGUCAUCCAAAAACUCGCUAUAUCAACUGACUAGUCUUGACAUAAUUGCUGGGCAAUCCGAUAACACAGGGAACUCAUUCUCUAGUCCCUGGAUACUAGCAAUUUAUUCGACUCCAAUACACGCCCCCAACCAUGCCGCCCGACCCCAAAUGUCACCCUCGUCUGUAAUGGUUAGGUGGCAGUUAGAGACUACGAAUUUGAGUCUCCAUCCAGUUUUUGAGGAACUGGUGCCAAAGAAAGCGAGUGGUCAGAAUAAGACAAAAGUAGAGCUUCGACGCUUAGACGAUAUAUCUUCCGAUAGAUAUGUAGUUUCCGUCGAUCAGAUCGAGUUCGGGAAUGUUUUGGCGGUGACAUACGACGAUAGUUCCGUAUCUUUCUUCGACCCAAGGACGAUGACUAGCUUCAUUGGGAUGGACGACCCGAACACAGUUACGAGUAUGUCUCAAGCGGGCUUUCGCUACCCCCUUGAUGUUCCAGCAGGUCUUCACACCUGUUUCUCCCCUAACGGUUGCGUUUCUAUUGCUUUGGAUGGCGAAUGGCAGGCCCGGCUUCGACUGAUGGAGCCUUCCUUUGAUUCGCAAGGUGAUUUAUAUGACGAGAAUAAGUAUUCCGCCGGGAUCGCAGCCCUAGCGCUGGCAUUUGGUCGUGGUUGUGCCAGCGAAUAUAAUACGGACGAUCUUUUAACCAUCCUUAUACGCAAUCUAUCACCUGAUGCGCAGAACGCCUUUAUCAAUGAAGUUUACCGAGCAUUGCCCAUUAGUUGUAAUUUCACCACCGAACAAGAAAAGCUUAUGCAACAUCAGUACAUUCCUCGUUGUCUGAGCGUCCAGGCCGCUCUUGGAUUUCAAAACCAUUUUGCCCCUCGCAACUUGCCAUCAUCAGUUGCUUGGGCCAUCCUUAAUUUACGUCAUACGUCCGUUUUGUUUGCAUUCUUUUUAGGAUAUACGAAGACAGCCAAAGAACACGAGCCAUUUGAUAAUGACGUUUUGCGAAUGAUAUACGGCAAUACCAAAUGGGCUUUGGAUUUCUCUCGAUUUAUUCUGGAUGAUUUAUUCGAACUGGCUGAGGAAUUUGAGCCAGUCUUAGACGAUCAAGAAGCCUUUGUACAAAAAUUGAAAUCGACAUCCUCGCUGUCUCUCACCCUGAUCCUGGCAAGCAUGUCACGAGCCUUCCUUCACUUCAUCUGUCGAGGACUACGCGGCCUGUCCACGGGUCAUACAGCGCUUCCUAUCCCCGGGAAUACUCGGAUGUACUAUGCAGAACUCUUCCAAAUGAUAAACAACUCCCCAGUCCCAACCAACAUCUACGAGAAAUUCCUGAGCGAAGUGGACAACGCGAUCCGGUUUACCUACCAAAAGGCCGGUUUCGAAGACAAUGAACGGCGCACCCCAGAGAAAGAACUCUUAGUCAACUCUCGCAUCCCCGCGGUCCUAAUUCCCGCCGCCAGUGCACUCUUCAAACAGAUCAUCCCCGGCAUCAAAGCCCAAAUCGACCAAAUGGCCAUCUACCUGACAGACUACAGCUGGUUAGGUCUGUCUAAUGAUCGACGCACGGAAUACUACCGUCGGACUCGACAGGUCGACGUCUUAAAGAAGAUUCCUCUACGAGGAUUUAUGCUGGAUGAGAACGGGAUUGUAGAACCCGGUGAAUCACAGCAAGGUAAGGACCAGCCCGUGGCAAGCAGUUUGGCGCGUCGGCGCUGUGUUCGUUGUUGCGAGAUAUCAGGGGAUACCUCGACCCCGCGGUCUGCGCUGUAUUUUAGGAUGGUCAUUCGAAUGCAGGUUAUUCGGAAUUGUCUCUGUGGCGGUAUGUGGACUUUUGAAGCAGGGGCUCCGGCCCCGGAUGUUCCUGUGCGCAAGGUAGGAUGA